UCGCUUUGGUCCCUGCUAGCUUAACUGUGGAUAUAGCUGGCGUGACACGGACUCAAAACAAACCCCCAAAUUACCCUCCGCUGCCCAUGUGGACGUAUUUUAGCUCAUGAUGGAUCUUCCUUGUGUCCAGUGGCAAGAUCACGUUGCACAGAAAUGGACCUCACUCGACCCCGAUAUAAAGGAGCAUUUCACAUCCCUACUUGAGAUAGAUGAUGUCUUUAAAUACACCCUAACUCUGACAACCCAAGAUGAUCUGGACUUUGUACAGUCAAUCUCUGCAGGGAACUCAGUACAGAAGGACGCAGAGCAAGCAGCCAAAUGCAGGGAGAGAGGGAACACAAGCUUCAAGAUCAGAGACUACACUGCAGCUGCUCUGCACUACUCACAGGGCUUGUGUUUCGCUCCCCUCAGUUCGGAGCAGCUGUCUCUGUGUUAUGCCAACCGCUCUGCUGCGCUCUACCAUCUGCAGCUCUACCAGGCGUCCCUUGAUGACAUCGACAGAGCUCUGAAAAACGGCUAUCCCUCUCAUCUUUUACACAAACUAGAGGACCGCCGCUCACAGUGCCUCAAGCACCUCUCUGCCGAUCAAAAUGCAAAAGAGGAUCGUCACAAUCCUUCCUCAAAGAGUCAGAGAGGUCCACAGAGUGAGGGACCUCUCACAUUUGGGAUCUGUCCUCAAGCUGCUGUUGGCUUCAGCGUGGAGAAAGGUCGACACCUGGUGGCUGCAGAGAGAGUAGCAGCUGGAGAGGUGAUCCUCAGCGACAGGCCCUACAGCUUUGUCCUUAUUCCAGGGAUGGAGGAGGUGACAAGGUUGGGGGGAAGGCAGAACACAGAGAGAGAGGUGGUGUUUGGAGUGGAGCACAGGCGCUGUCACGGGUGUUUGACUGAAACACUGUGUGCUGUGCCAUGUGAGGGCUGCAGUUACAGCCGAUACUGCUCAACUUCCUGUCGGCGAGAUGCCUGGGAGGAACAUCACCGCUGGGAGUGUCCGCUGGGAGCAGAUCUGAUGGUGAUGGGUGUGAUGUCACAUCUUGCGCUGAGGGUAACCUUAAAGGCGGGGUUAAAAAACAUCCAAAGAGCCAGGGAGCCAAUCAGAGACAAGUCCACAGAGCUCAACGGACAGUCCAGUGAUUCUGACCCAUGUUGUUCUUCACACUACGGCAAUUCGUACCUGAGUGUGUUCCACCUGCUGCACCACCUGAACCACCACAGCCCUGCUCUGCGUUUCCUGUGUGCGGUUACCAUAGCAACACUCUUCCUAAAGCUCAGCAAGGCCGGACCUACACCUUUAUCCCAGGACCUCUGUAGACCCUCGGGGGCAAACAGCCAAUCACCAGAGGAGGAGGGAGCAGAUCGGAGCUCGGAGCUGUGGCUGCUGGGAAGUGCAGUUCUGAGGCACUUCCUGCAGCUGAGGUGUAACGCCCAGGCAAUCGUCACGCUGCAGGAUAUAGGAGCAGCAAACCUACCAGUGCAGUCCAGCAGGGAAAUCCGCAUUGCUACGGCUUUAUUCCCAACUCUCAGUCUUCUGAAUCACUCCUGUUGUCCCAACACCAGCCUGGCGUUCAGCACCGGAGCCGGUUCAGAUGCGUCUGCAGAGCUCAGUGAGAGUGUAGCUGAGGACAGAAGCACAGCCUGCGGAGUCACUGUAACUGUCAGAGCAGCCAAAGUUAUCGCUCCUGGACAAGAGAUCCUGCACUGCUAUGGUCCCCACAGCAGCAGGAUGGCGACCCGAGAGCGCCGGCGACUCCUGCGGGAACAGUACUACUUCCUGUGUCAGUGUGAGGCCUGCUCUCUGCAGCAGGAGGAGGAGGAGGAGGGCACAGAGGGCAGACAGGAGAGGACAAGUGUUAAAGGCAGUCCACACAAGUCCAGUCUGCUGUGUAGCAAGUGCAAAGGAGCUCUCAUAAAAAGCAGUGGGGACGAAGGAGUAGGAUUUCUAUGUUCGCAGUCAUCCUGUGGUCAUCGCACGUCUUCAUCUGAAGUAAACUCCAGGCUGCAGGAGAUCAGGGUCGACCUGGAGAAGGCUGUGGAGCUCAUGGAGCGAGAGAGGCCAGACGAGGCUCUGAGGCUGUUGAGAAGGACCCAGCGUCAGUCAGGACUGAUCCUCGCAGAGACACAUCCACUGCAGGGGGAGCUGGACGAUGCUACAGCCAGAGCAUACGCGACAAUGGGUGACUGGAAAAACGCCGCCUCCCAUCUGGAGCGAAGCACGGCAGCUAUCGGCUCGCAGUACGGAGACGACAGCGUUGAACUGGGUCAUCAGCUCUUCAAAUUAGCUCAGCUACACUUCAAUGGUGGUGCCCGAGGCCCGGCCCUCUCCGUCAUCCCCAAGGUCAGGCGGCUCCUCUGCCUUCACUGUGGGCCUCGAUCUCAUGAAUUACAGGAGCUGCAAGCCAUGGAGAGCUGUCUCCGAGGGCAGUCGAGAGUGUAAAUCUUUCACGAUAUAAGUUACAUGAAAACUCAUUAAAAUCUUUACAUUUUUCUA